CAAAAAGAGCUGUUUUACUCACUCAAGGUAACUAUGGAAAUUGAUUUUCCACUAGUUUAAAACAUUUCACCAUGAGUACAUGGAACUCCACCAGUGUGCCUGGCUUCAUCCUCAUGGGGCUGACAGACUCUGCACAGGUACAGCUGGUCCUCUCUGUGCUCUUUCUCCUGAUUUACCUGGUCACAUUGCUGGGGAAUGUGGGGAUGAUACUGAUCAUUCACUUGGAUACCCAGCUCCACACCCCCAUGUACUUUUUUCUCAUUCAACUCUCAUUUCUCGACCUCAGCUACUCAAGUGUCAUCACUCCUAAAACCUUACAGAACUUACUGACUUCCAUCAAGAGCAUCUCCUUCCUGGGCUGCUUCACACAGAUGUUCUUUUUUAUCCUCCUUGGUGGCACUGAAUGCUUUCUUCUCUCCUCCAUGGCCUAUGAUCGCUAUGUAGCUAUCUGCACCCCCCUGCACUACCCAGUCAUUAUGUCCAAAAGACUGUGCUGUACUCUGCUCACUGGCUCCUAUAUGAUAUGUUUUAUUGAAUCCACUGUGAUUGCCAUUUGUAUAAGUAGAUUGCAUUUCUGCAAGUCUAAUGUCAUCCAGCACUUUUUCUGUGAUAUAUCCCCAAUUUUAGCCCUGUCCUGCAUUGACACAUUUGAAGUUGAACUCCUUAUAUUCAUUUGUGCUGGAUCCAAUUUAGUGCUGUCCCUUGUCACCAUACCUCGAUCCUAUAUGUCCAUCCUCUGCACUAUCCUGAAAAUUAAUUCCACUUCUGGAAAGAAAAAAGCCUUCUCCACCUGUGCUUCCCAUCUCCUGGGAGUCACCAUCUUCUACAGCACUAUGAUCUUUACUUACCUAAAACCAAAGACGUCCUACUCCUUGGGAAAGGAUCAGGUAGCUUCUGUGUUUUACACGAUUGUGAUCCCCAUGCUGAACCCCCUCAUUUACAGUCUCAGAAACAAGGAAGUGAAGAAUGCUGUUGUUAGAAUAAUGCAGAAGAGUAAGGGUUGCAGACAGUUUAUAUCACAGUGGUGCUAAGC